UAGAGAUGUAGUAUCGGUAUUUCGAUUUUGCGAAAGUAAUUUAUUAUCGAUUGAAUUAAGCACUGAAGUUAACUCUGGCUGCAAAAUUACAUUUUUUCAUUUAUUUGUUUAAAUAAGAUGUUGAAACCUUUUAAUUAGAUCAUAUUAUUUUAUCAUUUUAAGCAACAAUUUACAAAGUUAAUGAAAAUUGGUUCUCGAUACUUUUUCCUAGAUAGGUAGUGCUUCGAAUCGACUAAAAACCUAGUUUGUAUUUAGUAGGUUUUAGGUCAAAAUCUCUAUUCUACUGCAGUUAUUUAAUGCAGUUUUCAGUGUGCAUUCUCCGGGCUACGACGUUUUUGCCAUAUAAAUAUAAAUAUCGAUCCUAAUGAUUAUGCGGCUAAGUAAAAUAUGAUAUAAUGUUUAAAAUCUUUGAGCAACUUAAGAGUGUCUUGUAUUAAUUGUAAAAUAGUCAUAAAAUUUGAAAGUCUUAAGUAAAAUAAAGUAAAAUCUAGGAAUUCUGUCAAUAUGAAAAAUUAAUAUUCUAUUACUAUCCACCUCUUUAUUGAUUCGUGGCUAAAAUGUAUAAGGCACUAUUGAUUUCAUUUUUAAUUCUGGGUCUUCAUUGCGAUAACUGUUUAUCCAUAAGAGAAUACAGUAAAGAAGAUGUUUUAAAACUAAGAGAGGAAGUAAGAGAAAUGUUUCAACAUGCAUACGAUAGCUACCUACGAUAUGCGUACCCCUACGAUGAGCUACGUCCAUUGAGUUGUGAUGGGGUUGAUACUUGGGGCAGUUAUUCUCUUACCCUUAUAGAUGCUUUGGACAUGCUUGUGAUAAUGGGAAACUAUACGGAAUUUAAUAGAGUCGUUGAUAUUGUGCUAGAGAAACAAAACUUUGAUACGGAUAUCAAUGUUUCAGUGUUUGAAACUAAUAUUAGAAUUAUUGGCGGUUUACUUAGUGCACAUCUUUUAUCAUAUAAGUCAGGAAUGAAAUUAGAACCUGGGUGGCCAUGUAAUGGGCCCCUUCUUCGCUUGGCAGAGGAUGUUGCACACAGACUUAUUGCUGCUUUUGACACUACCACUGGUAUGCCUUAUGGCACUAUCAAUCUGAGAUCAGGUGUGCCUCCCGGAGAAACGAGCAUAACUUGCACAGCUGGUGUGGGGACUUUUAUUAUAGAAUUUGGUACUUUAAGUAGGCUCACUGGAGACCCAUUGUAUGAAGAGGUUGCACUGAAUGCUUUAAAAGCCUUAUAUCAUCAUCGGUCACAUAUAGGUCUAGUUGGAAACCAUAUUGAUGUCAUGACAGGAAGAUGGACAGCUCAAGAUGCUGGUAUUGGAGGUGGAGUGGAUUCCUAUUUUGAAUAUCUAGUCAAAGGGGCAAUACUACUGGAACGACCAGAACUAAUGUCGAUGUUUAAUGAAGCUCGGACUGUAAUUGAUAAAUAUUUGAAGAAGGAUGACUGGUAUGUGUGGGCUACCAUGCUAAAAGGGCAUGUGACCCUUCCUGUGUUCCAGUCCCUGGAAUCAUACUGGCCCGGUCUAUUGAGCUUGAUAGGUGAAAGCGACACAGCAAUGCGUGUUAUACACAAUUACCACAGUGUAUGGAAACAAUAUGGAUUUACUCCAGAGGUUUACAAUCUCGGUACUGGUGAGGCCUCAGCUACAAGGGAGAGCUAUCCAUUACGACCGGAAUUAAUAGAGUCAAUCAUGUACUUGUAUAGGGAAACAAGAGAUCCAAUACUGCUGCAAAUGGGAGAGGAUAUAUUGAGGAGCAUUCAACACAGUGCAAGAACGCCAUGUGGAUAUGCGACGAUUAAGGAUGUCCGUGAUCACCGUAAGGAAGACCGUAUGGAGUCAUUCUUCCUGGCCGAAACAACCAAAUAUCUCUAUCUAUUGUUUGACCCGGACAACUUUAUACACAACCCAGGUGUCCACGGGACUGUUAUAAAUACACCAAACGGUGAAUGUAUAGUCGACAUGGGUGGAUAUGUCUUUAACACAGAGGCUCAUCCCAUUGAUCCUCUUAUGCUGUAUUGUUGUCACGAAGCCAGGCAAGGUAUAAACAUUAGCGAAGUACACAGAAUUUCCCAAAUAUUAGACGAAGAAGAUAACAUCCAAUUUAUGACAAUGUUAGAUGCCUCAAUGAAUAGAAAUAUCACGAAUACCACAGAGAAUAAAAUAGAUUCAGAACAAACAAGUGUCAAAACGAACAGAACAACACACACAACUAAUGAAAUAAGAGAUUUUCCCAAAGUGGAACAAAAUCAAGUUUCAAUUAAAACCGAGACAAGGACUGGAUAUGUUAACAUCGAUGGCAUUGAAAGAGAAAACACUCAAACUGAAAGCCUAGGCGAUAUUUUAAAGGAUCAUAUAAGCAAUUACUAUAAUAAAACAACUAUGAAUGACAGCAACAAGGAAAUGAUCAGUAAGGAACCUGCUACGGAAGCUGUUUCUAAAGUGGAAGUUGACGAUAUAAUCAUACCACAGAAAACUGAAACUGAUGCGCUGCAACUACCGAGUACGACGAAAGCGAAGGAAGUUAUCAAAAUCCUGCCAAAAGUAUUACAAGAUUACAUAAAUAACGAUUAUAAAGCCAAGUCGAAAUGCGAACCGCAGCGGAUGCUGGAGAGGAUUCGAAACGAGAAGAGAUAUCCGGAUCACCCUGACGUCAAUAAGUAUAGAAUCAUGUUGACCGCGGCUCCGUCUUUCAUGCAACGCGUGUGCAUCGCUGGCGAAUUUUUGCAUAAAAAGAAUGUGGAUUUAUGACAUAUAAUGAAUUUAAUAUUACCUCUAAUUUUUUGUCUUGAAUAUCUGGGUAUAAUUAGCCGUUUCGCAUAUCUCUAGAUGCACUUAUGUACGCACUGUACUUGAAUGUAGAGUUCAUGAAUAAAUAAAGUAGAUCACAAUUCA